CGGGUAACUCAGUUUCAAAUAAGACCUUCAGGAAUUUACUUGGUUUUGUAUUGGACUGGUACCUAAACUAUGGCUGGAGGGAAAGCUGGUAAGGACUCGGGAAAGGCGAAAGCAAAGGCAGUUUCGCGCUCACAAAGGGCAGGACUGCAGUUCCCCGUUGGACGUAUCCACAGACAUUUGAAGUCCAGAACAACAAGUCAUGGGCGCGUAGGAGCCACUGCAGCUGUUUAUAGCGCGGCAAUUCUGGAGUAUUUGACCGCUGAGGUCCUUGAGCUGGCAGGAAAUGCUUCCAAAGAUCUGAAGGUGAAGCGUAUUACUCCGCGCCAUUUGCAGCUUGCCAUCAGAGGUGAUGAGGAGUUGGACUCUCUCAUUAAAGCAACCAUUGCUGGUGGUGGUGUCAUUCCACACAUUCACAAAUCUCUGAUUGGGAAGAAGGGACAACAGAAAACUGUGUGACCCGUUACAUGAAUUACAUAUGUGGGUCAUCUCAGGACACUCUGGAAAGAUUCGGAUGUGUUUUUUGUGUAGAUUGGUGUAGUUUCAUGACCUUGUGUUUUUUGGCUUUGCAUUUACUCAUUUCUGGGGUAUUUUUUUUAAAACAUGGCUUCAGAGAAGCCAAUUUUUAUUUGGUUGGGUUUGAACUGUAGUGUACUUUGUGAUUUUUAAUCUGCAAGAUUUUGUUUUUGAACCUGUGAAGUUUAAGGGUUUUAUUCAAAUAAAGCUUGGUGCACUGCAUUUCCUGUUCCUAA